AUGGCAUCCAACGGUGGUCAAGGUGGAAUUCAACAGUUGUUGGCCGCUGAACAUGAGGCACAGGCGAUUGUGAAUGCUGCGAAAAACGAAAAAUAUGCUAGGCUGAAACAAGCCAAAGAAGAAGCUGAAAGGGAGAUUGCUGAACAGCGAACUCUUUUGGAAAACCAGUUUCAACAGAAAUUAUCAGCGAGCAGUGGAGAUUCUGGUGCUAAUGUCAAACGACUUGAGCAAGAGACUGAUAAGAAAAUCCAUGAGCUGAAGACUGAGGCUGCUAGAAUUUCAGGAGAUGUUGUUUCCCUGCUUCUCAAGUAUGUUACAACUGUGAAGAACUAG